AUGUCCAUCCCCUUCAAUAACUGCACUUUUGACGGCGACGGUGUCUGGUGGAGCAAUGACCGCAGACUCCAGGGCGUCGCUUCUCUGACGACACAGCAGCUGCUGAGCCGGAACGGCAAUGUCACGUCUACCCGGUCCGUUCAUCGAUGUGCAGGUGGUGGCCAUCAAAUGAACUUGGUAGCGCCGCUUUCUGGAACGCCAGGCGCCGCGCACAUUGUCACCAACAUGCCCAUUACCCUCUUGUCAGCGGCCCAGACGGUCAUGAGGCGAAUGUCUACGAGAUCCAUCAUCGCCAUUCUGAUUGGCAACGAUGAAGGUCAGGGCCGCAGAAUUCGUGACGGCAAGUAUACUACCCUCAUCGACGUCGACCUGAGGCCGACCAGGCUCGCCCCGGACGCAAACGCGUCUCCUCACGUAUUUGGCGAGCCUCGAGGUGUCCCCGCCACAAUCGAGAGACGGUGCGCGGGCUGCGGCAGCCUGACCCACGAGCUGAAGCUCUGCAUGCAAUCUUCCUCGGAUGGGCUGCUUCAUGGCUGCACCCUCUGCAACAGCAUAAGCCAUGAGUUGGAUCAGUGUCGCCGCUUUCGGGAGCUCGACCUCGAAACUUGUUUUGCGGUUCUUGUUCGUCAGCGAGGCAACAUGCCGGCGCUAGCCACCACCCGAUCGUGGUUUGCCGUCCUCUCGGACUAUAGAGACGCUGCCUCCGACGUCUCGGCCAACUACUUACCUUGUGUUCCUUACCUGCCAUGGACGCCAGAGUUUGCCCGCAGGAUGUCGCAGGCCGCUCCAUCAGAGCGUGCCAGGAUGGAGCUGUUCUAUCGAGACUUCGACCGCUCCGUGCUGCCUGGCGACCCGGACACGAGACACCUGAGCGCGGCGAGGGCAUACUUUACUCGCUCGCGCAGCACUCAGCAUUAUCUCGCCCCGUUCUAG